CGUCGCAGCACUCACUCACCCAUUUCCCACAGGCCACACCCACACGCCCAACAGCCCUCACAUCCUUCAGUCCAUCCCUUGCCCGUGAAGUGUGUGCUUGGUUGCUUGCGGUGUGGCGACAUCAGCAGCCGUCAUCGUCACGUCAGCGUUCGUGACUGUUCGUGAAAAGGGGGCGUGGAGCAGAGCCGUAGAGGGCACUGACGACAGACGCAAACACACUGCACUGGUGGCAAGUCUUUUUUGUUUCUCUUUUUGUUUGACGUGAGUGUGGGGGGACGUCACAUCAUCCGGUUUACGUCAUCAUCCCAGCAUAUCUCAAAGCAAGGGAAAAGCAGUUUCGCUUCCCAGUGCAGUGCGCAGCCAGCUUCGUGAGCCGUUUGCUUUGGAGCGAGGCGUGUUUGCGACCGAGCGAGGGUGAUUUGACAACACUUGUUUGAGUGUUUGGGUUUCCACUCAUCCACCUUCUGCAGGAGCUCCUCCUUCUUGUCUUGCAAGCCAUUUUCUCCAUCAUCGACCUCGACGACCUGGCACUGUCGAAGGCGCAUCACAGUGCCGCUGUUUGCUUUGCACAAGCACAAGCAAGAAGAUGGAGCGCCGCACAGCGCUCACCGUGCUCUUGGCGGCGAUCGCCGGCCUUGGUCUCGUUCUCGGUGGUGCGGAACUAGCCACCGCUGCACCUGACGGCUGCAACGCUUGCCGUGAAGUGGCAUCUGAGGAUCCAACACCAGGCCUCUACCUCUCCCUCGACUACAACCCGAACGACAACAGCACCUUUCACGAGGACACUGGCAUUUGGAACAUCAACGGCAAUUCCUCCAAGAUUCUGAUUGAAUCUGAGGUGCACAACUACGUCAUUGUCAGCUACCGCCUGACCUUCCCCGCAGGCUGUUGCACGGCCUCUCACGCCAGCGUCGAGCUCUAUGCGCAGGAGACGUAUCAAGGGUCUUUCAUGCGGCUGAAUGGUGCCACGAAUGUUCCCAUCUCCCCAGACAUGACACUCGAGCUGCCCGCGUGUAACAAUGCCCCGCUUCAGUCGUGGAUGACGUACGCGCUGCAUGUGCGGCCUGAAGGGGGCGGAACACUCACGGUGAGCGACAUUCAGCUCAUCCGGCAGACGUGCAACCGCACAUCCGGCGGGGACGUGUUUGGUGUCAUUCCACACCGCGUUGACGAAUCGAGCGACAUCACCAUCUACGGCGACUCAAUCAACAUGUACCACAACCUCGUGGCCGUGUACCCGCCGUCAGCCGGCAUCACGGGCGCCAGCGUCAAGAGCUCCACGUCCGGCAAGGCUGUGGUCUCCAUCCACCCGUACCUGAACAACUUCGAGACCCUGGCAGACGUCAAGUUUGUGCUGACGUCCUCCCUUGGAUUCGCCUCACCCAUCACCAUUGAGAACGCCGUGCGGGUUGGGCCGUUCCCCGCCAUCACUUUCAUCACGCCAAGCUUCGUCUCCCCACCAGAACAGGCCACCGUCGGCGGCAGCGGCUUUUACGGCAGCAGCGGUGGUGUUCGCGCCGUUCUGACGCUGGACAAUGGACAGCUCUCGCUGCCCAGCAAGUACGAGCUGCAAGUCGACUUUGCCAACGACACCAUGGUCACGUUCACCGUGGGUGCGGGCGUGCCCAAUGGCGCGUACUUGCUCACCAUCAGCAACGCCGACGGCGACACGGCAACCAUCAACGCCUUCAUCGUUGCAGGCGCCCCCGUCAUCACAGCUGUCCAGCCGCCACAGGGCCGGCCGUCGGACCUCGUCACCAUCAUUGGCCGCAACCUCAAUAUGGUCUCAGAUGUCGACUUUGCCACAGAUGGUUUGGAGGUCACCUCAAGCAAUGCUACACACAUCAUUGCGCGGCUGCCACAGUCCCCAGCUGCCACGCGCGCAAACAUCACCGUCAGCACCUUUUCUGGCUCUGCACUCUACUCGUACCCGCUGCUGGUGGUCACGCAGAUCACGCCGAGCGCGCCAGUCCCAGGGCAGCUGGCGAACAUCCACAUCUCCAACAUCGAAUCCCAGCCGGCGUCGUUUGUCGACCGCGUCACGGUUGAUGGUGCCAUCGCUCCCAUCACUGGCUUUGCCAACGGAGCCAUCACCAUCGACAUGCCGUCGCAGUUCCUGAACAGCACUGGCAUUGCCGUCAUCUUGGCCGACGGCCGCACCAUCCAGGCGUCGCUGGGUGUAGGCGUCCUCUUUCACACCAUGACGCCGCGUGUUGGCGUGCCUGCCAUGGAGGUCACGUUCAAAGGCCAGUUUGAUGGGCUCGACCUGAAUCCCUACUCCAUAACUCUGGCGGGCACGCAAGUCGGGUCCGUGAAGAAGUCGACACCAACCGAGAUUGUCGUCGCGGCCGACGCUUACAAGGGCAACACACCACCCAAUGGUGGUGUUUCGGUUAUCAUUCAGCCGGACACGGUGGCGCUGCCGCAGUUCUCCUUCACGUAUGUGACCCCGGCCAUCACCGCCAUCUCCGCCCCAGUCACUUGGGAAGGGCACAUCUUGACGUUGUACGGCGUCAACCUCAUCGCACCCUCUGAGCCGUCCAUCCUGUAUGGUGUUGCACUCGACAACUUUGAGAAGUAUCCCAUGACCAUCCUGGCUGCCAGUGACACCCAGAUGGUUGUUCGCACCCCAGCAGAUGUCACGCCCAAUCCCCAGCCGGCACAAUUGCGGUUGGUCUGGAGCGACACCCUUGCCACAGUUGCAAUUGGACCCACCAUCAUCCCCACACCGCAAAUCACCGGCCUGGCAUCUGCCACGGCCCUGCCGUCGCAGGUGGUGGUGCUGCUUGCGGAAGACAUCCCGCUCGGGUACGGGUUCCAGGGCGCAGUGUACAUUGCCGGCACGCAGGCAGUUGUCCUGGACAUCACAACCACCAACAUCACCGCCAUUGUGCCGCCCACGGCCCGCUCAACAGACAACGCCGACGGCAGCGGGGCGGUGGACCUGGAGGUGUACGUCGACAACUCGCCCGUGCAGGUGCAGGGCAGCGCAGCGCUGUCGCUGUACGCGCCCGUGCAGAUCACGGAGGUGACGCCGAUAACGGUGUCUGAGGGCGUGCGUGUGACGCUGACUGGCCAGUCGUUUGUGGCUGGGGGCGUGGACGCGACGUCUGUGACGGUGGACGGGGUGGAUGCUGUUGUGGAGAGCGUGACGGAGACGGCGAUUGUGCUGCGCAUGCCUGCGCUGGCGAGCCGGGUGGGAACGCGGGCGGACGUUGUGUUCUCUGUGCGGGCGACGGCGCUGUAUGGGUCGCCGAGAGUGCAGGUGACGCGGUCUGUGCGCGUGAUUUCAUCUGGCGGCAUCACGGAGGUUGUGCCAGCCAAGUGGAAGGCCGGGGAUGUGGUGCGGAUCUCGGCGCAGCGGGGCACGGCACUGAGCACGCUGGUUGACAUUGGGGCGUCUGUUGUGUCGCGGGUGUUGUUUGGGGAGACUGAGCUGCCAGUGGUGAGGGUUGGGAACGGGGCCAUUGUUGUGCAGCCUGGGGCGGCUGGGAACGCGCUUGCUGCUGGGGACCCGCUUGCGAUUGAGCUUGUGAACGGGGCGUAUGUGCGCGUGGCGAGCACGACGUGCCGGUGUGAGGCGAGCGUGAUUGGUGGCGUGUCGUGGCCGGGGGUCAUUGGCUGCACUGUGCCCUCGCGCACAUCCUGCAGAGGCCCCGGCGUCCUUCCAAACCGAUUUGCUUAUCGCUAUUGCACUCUCCGAGAUGUGUUUUCGGCAACCGUGAACACGACGGAGUGCGUGAACCAGAAACUGCGUGAUCUGACGACCCGCACCAUCUCCACUGACACCGUCAACUCCGUACUGGAGGAGCUCACCAACAUCACCCAGCAUGCGCCGCUUUUCGCGCCAGACGACGUUGGUAACGCCUACAGCAUCAUCACAAACGCAACCGGUCUCCUUCGCACAAAGAAGCUUGGGCGUCGCACCUUCCAGCUCAUUUUCCGCGGCGCGAGCGACCUGAUGGCUGUCGAUGGCUCUGUGCUGGAGCAGUCCGCACGCACGCGGGGCACCCCUGUUAGCCGCAUCCCUUCGAUUGUGGAGCGCUGGACGGACGGGCUCGUUGACGUGUUGUUGGAUGACCAGGCGUCUGUGCAAGUGGAGGAGAACAUCAUCUUCCUCGCGUACCGCUUUGGUUCUGCACGCGCGGCGUUCAAGGGCAGCGCCAACCAGGUCAACUCGUCCUGUGCGGGAUGCAGCGUGCAAGAGGCUGGCGGCGGGAAUAUGCCCCUGCUCGUGUCGUCCCCCGUCAACUACAGCAUUUCUUCCACAGAUGUACAGGGUGUCUCUGUCACGCUGUUCCGCGAUUCGCGCCUGUUUGCUGGGGGCCAAGUGAGCAACCCCGUCCGCAACAGCACAACUGAGGCGGCCUCCCUGCUCAACCAGACGUUUGUCGACUCCCCCGUCAUCUCCAUCCAAACACGGCGGCUGGAUGGCGUCCCAUUUGAGGGAGAGGUUGAGUUCAGCCUUCCAGUUGGCUAUCUCGACAACAACACUGCAGGGGAACGCGUGUGUUCAUUCUGGCGUGUGCCAAGAGCAUCAGGCGAGAGCGCGGGCUGGUCUGAUGUUGGCUGUCAGCCGGUCUCCAUCAAGGACGGCUUCCUGACGUGCCGGUGCAACCACCUCACCAACUUUGCCAUCCUCGCCAACUUUGGAGGCGGCGGUUCCACAUCAUCCACGGACAAGAAAGCCCUGAGCUUCAUCACGUACAUUGGUGUUGGGGUGUCUGUGUUCUGCAUGGUGCUGACGGUUGGCGUGUACCUGUGGUACAAGCGGCUGCGGGAGGACCUUGGGCGCAUCAUUGUGAUGCACCUGUGUGUGACGCUGACGAUAUCGCUGUUGUGCUUUGCCUUUGGCAUUGAGGAGACGAGCCACACGGACACGUGCACGGCGAUUGCGAUUGUGCUGCACUACUUUCUGCUGAGCGCGUUUGCGUGGAUGGUGGUUGAGGGGUAUCACCUGUACUCGACGUUUGUUGUUGUGUUUCACGGGAGCCACCGGUCUGACCGGCGGCAGCACGUUCGGUUUGCGGCGUUUGCGUAUGGCGUGCCGGCGCUGAUUGUGCUUGCGACGGGCCUUGUGAUUGGCGAGGAAGGGUACGGGUAUGAGGAUGCGUGCUGGCUGCCAACGAAGAACUAUGAGAUUUGGGCGUUCCUUGGUCCAAUGUGCUUGGCCAUCCUUGUGAACAUUGUGUUUUUCGUUCGCAUCAUGCGCUCGAUCCUGAGCGUGAGCGUGGCUAAUGCCGACAAGGCGACACGGCAGCGUUUCAUCCGCGGCGUGCGAGCGAGUGCGUCGUUCCUGUCCAUCAUGGGCGUGACGUGGGUGUUUGGGGCGCUUUUGUUUUCUGGUGCCGUUGCCGUCCAGUACCUGUUUACCAUCUUCAACGUCUUCCAGGGCUUGUUCAUCUUCAUCUUCCACUGCGUGUGGAAUGCAAGCGUGCGCGAUGCUGUCAGCGGAAAGACUCGUCGUGAUACGGUCGCGUACAUGCGCACGCAAAGCACCAAAAUGCUGGCGCAGGGUCGUCGCAGCACCACCUUUGAGUCGCAGGUGCGUCGCGGGUCUGCGCUUGCCUCCUCGCUGCAAAGCCUGGGUGGCACGACACCACUCAACACCCUGUCCAGUGCAGACGACACAGGCGGAUAUCUGGACGUUUUUGAGUCGAAGCUUGGGGAAGACAGCAGCGACGAUGAGCGCAACGAUGGCGGGAGCGCAUCCGACAGCGCGUUUACUUCUUCAAGGGCCUUGAAUUUGGCAGGGCCUUCGUUCCAUACCACAAACGCCGUCACAGACUCUGACCUGGAGGAUGAUGACACCAAGGCGUUGCAGUGAUGCGGUCUUGUGCGUGUGUUGUGCAUGUGUUUGUGUGUUGUGCGUGUACUUGUGCGCGUGUGUUUGUGCUCGUGUGUCUGUGUGUGCAUGACUGUGUGUGGGAAUGUGACGAAGCUGUGGCAAGUGUGCUCGUUGUGUUGCUUUUCAGGUCUUCCUAUUUGACAUAAUUCACCUUUCUCCUCGUUUGUCGCGUUGUUACGGCUCACGUGUUAUCUUCGACCUCAGCCAGCGCUUGCUUCUACCCACUCUCGGUGUGUCCUUUCACCUUUUUCAUAUCAUCCCACUGCGUUACUUCUUCCCGUUCCCCAAUAGUGUUACAACGUGUUGUUGCGUGCUUGCGUGCGUGUCCACUGCUUGAUGCUCGGUGUGUCACAAUCAACGUCACAACCUCAAGCUCAUGCUUUGGCUGAUGCGCGUCCACCACUUUCUUGUUAAAACUUUGCCUUGACACGCUUCUUGUCAAUCCACCAAAGAAUGAAGCCGAAACCUCGCAUUUCUGGUUCUGCCUGCAAGCAAAAAGC